AAUGUCCCUGAGAUGGUUUGGAUGAACGUAUAAGAAUAAUCCUCCAUCCAUCCAUCCUAUCCAUUCCCUUCUUUUAUAUCCCCAAAAUAGUGGGUUCCCUGUGUAAUGUUAUCUGGUCAGCAGAUUCCCCCAUCAUCCAAGAUGGCGGCCGCAGCAGAAGGAAGAGCAAAGUUGUCAUUCCGGAACAUUUUCGUCCAAACACAGGGUGCGUAUAAACUACGUUUAGCUCUUGCACAAAAACUGAGCCAUGGAAAGAUUUUAAAGGAUGAUGCAGAAGAGAUUCAAGAACUUAAUAUUUUGUUAGAAAAGAGUGCUGACACAUCAUUAAAUGUCAGUCUUGAGUGUUCCAUGGCCUUGGUUGGGCUUGUUACAGAGAACAAGAUUGAAUUUAACUAUAUGUUGACAAAGUUUCUGAAUAUCCUUCCAUCAACAAGUAACAAGUCUGGCAUAAUUCAUGCUGUCACAAGUCUAUUGUUAUUACAAAUUGAUUUACUUGAGCAUCGACAUGGUGUUUAUAAAUGUCCUUAUGGCAUAGGAUCACAUCCCCAUCCUUUUAUCACGAUUCUGAAAAACAACCCAGAGUCUGGACACUUGCUGAUUGAGAAGGUUGGAGCUGUACUCAAUAAAACAUAUGG